AAGAAAAAAUGCAAUUAUUUUGUCAAAUAAUUGCAAGGAAAAAAAAACUCUAUAAGGAAAAGGUUGAAAAUGUGAACAGUAUAAAGUAAAAAAAAAAGAAAAAAGAAAGAAAGAAAGAAAGAAAGAAAGAAAGAAAUAUGUGCAUAUGAAAGACCUCUCCAAUGUUCACUUGCUCCAGUUUCCCCAAGUUUAGAAACUGCUACAUCAUAUCCCUCUCCCUCUCUAUCUCUUUCUCUCUCGUUGUGAGCUAUGUGGUAAUUAACAGACAACAGUUUUUGUUUGUCCGUACCGUUUUACUUACUUUCACACUGUCUUUGUCUAUUGCUACUCUCGUCUCUUCUUUUCCUUUUUUUCUUUCCUUUCCUUCUGUUGUGUUUUCUCUUUCUUUUAUAUCUGUAAACCCAAAACAGUCAAAAUCAGGGAAGCCAAAGUUUCCUUUGCUUUCUUCUCCUUUCGUCCUUUCUUUGAACCAAGACAGUUAAGGUUUGUGUGUGUGUGAGAGAGAGAGAGAAUGAAGAGUAAAACCCUUUUUGUCUGAGUUAGAGGAAACCAAAAGAGAAUGGAGAUGGGUUCCAACUCGGGUCCGGGUUUAGGUCCGGGUCAGGCAGAGUCGGGUGGUUCCUCCACUGAGUCAUCCUCUUUCAGCGGAGGUCUCAUGUUCGGCCAGAAGAUCUACUUCGAGGACGGAGGAGGUGGAUCCGGGUCUUCUUCCUCUGGUGGCUCAAACAGACGUGUCCGUGGAGGCGGGUCGGGCCAGUCCGGUCAGAUACCAAGGUGCCAAGUGGAAGGUUGUGGGAUGGAUCUAACCAAUGCAAAGGGUUAUUACUCGAGGCACAGAGUUUGCGGAGUGCACUCUAAAACACCCAAAGUCAUUGUCGCUGGUCUCGAACAGAGGUUUUGUCAACAGUGCAGCAGGUUUCAUCAGCUCCCUGAAUUUGACCUAGAGAAAAGGAGUUGUCGUAGGAGACUCGCUGGCCAUAAUGAGCGCCGGAGGAAGCCACAGCCUGCGUCUCUCUCUGUGCUAUCUUCUCGUUACGGGAGGAUUGCACCAUCACUUUACGGGAAUGCUGAUGCUGGAAUGAAUGGAAGCUUUCUUGGGAACCAAGACAUGGGGUGGACAAGUGCAAGAACACUGGAUACAAGAGUGAUGAGACGACCUGUGUCAGCACCGUCGUGGCAGAUCAGUCCGAUGAAUGUUUUUAGUCAAGGUUCAGUUGGAGGAGGAGGGACAAGCUUCUCAUCUCCAGAGAUUAUGGACACUAAACUAGAGAGCUACAAGGGAAUGGGCGACUCAAACUGUGCUCUCUCUCUUCUGUCAAAUCCACAUCAGCCACAGGACAACAACAAUAACAACAACACAUGGCGAGCUUCUUCAGGUUUUUGCCCGAUGACGGUUACAAUGGCUCAGCCCCCACCUGCACCUGGCCAGCAUCAGUAUCUCAACCCGCCUUGGGUGUUUAAGGACGAUGAUAGUGACAUGUCUCCUGUUUUGAAUUUGGGUCGAUUCACCGAGCCAGAUAAUUGUCAGAUAAGCAAUGGCACGACAAUGGGUGAGUUCGAGUUAUCUGAUCACCAUCACCAAAGUAGGAGGCAGUACAUAGAAGAUGAGCAGAACACAAGGGCCUAUGACUCUUCUUCUCACCAUAAUAACUGGUCUCUCUGACUUUCUCCUUGCAUCAGAGAAUCUUCUUUCCAAUGGUACCAUGACCGAUUCUGCAAUAUCGUUACCUUUUGCUCUAUUUUUGUUUAUGUUAUUAUCUGCUAUUAAUAAACCAGACAAUUGUUGCCAGAUACUGGCUUUUGAUUUUUAUGCUACUUUGUUUUGUUUCA